GGGCGCUGGCGGCGACGACGCAAAUAUGGAUGGGUCCCACUACAAUGCAGGUGGCCAGCAGUCUUAUGACAAUGCGCCCAUGGAGGAGGACAAUUAUGGUCCGAUCAACGUCAAAGAGGACGGCAAGAUGUUCAUUGGAGGCUUGAACUGGGAGACAACAGAACAAUCUCUCAAGGACUACUUUUCUCAGUUUGGCGAGGUCAGCGAGUGCACUGUUAUGCGCGACUCUGCGACCGGCCGCUCGCGAGGAUUCGGGUUCCUCACGUUCAAAGAUCCCAGAUGCGUUAACACCGUCAUGGUGAAGGAGCACUAUCUUGAUGGCAAGAUUAUUGACCCCAAACGAGCCAUUCCCAGAGAGGAACAGGAGCGCACAAGCAAGAUCUUCGUGGGCGGCGUCAGCCAAGAAGCGACAGAGGAAGAUUUCACAGGCUUCUUCAAGCAGUUUGGACGUGUGGUCGAUGCCACACUCAUGAUGGACAAAGAGACAGGCAGACCUCGUGGUUUCGGUUUCGUCACGUUUGAUGGCGACGCUGCGGUAGAUGCGACACUGAAGGGACCCCUUACGAUUCUGGGCAAGCCCAUUGAGGUUAAGCGCGCUCAACCUCGAGGCAAUAUGCGAGAUGGUGAAGACGACAAGAAGUUUGGCCGUGGUAACAAGUUCGGCAACCGUGACGGCGGUGGCGGCGGUGGUGGAAACGGAGGCUACGACAACCAGAACAACCAGCCACAACAACCACAAGGCGGCAACGGAGCCAUGACGCCCGCCAUGAUGGCCCAAUAUUGGCAGCGCAUGCAACAGUACUUCCAGCAGAUGCAACAACAGCUUGCCGGCGCCGCUCAAGGCGGAGGCAUGCCCAACCCCAUGGGCGGCAUGGGAGCCAUGAACCCUAUGCAGAUGCAACAAAUGCAGCAACAGAUGAUGGCAGGCAUGAACCGCGGCACUGGAAGCCCGAAUCCCCAAGCCAUGGGUGGCGGCGGUGGCGGCAUGAACCCAAUGCAAAUGCAGCAGAUGCAACAGAUGCAACAGAUGCAGCAAAUGCAAAUGCAGCAAGGCGGUGGAGGUGGCGGCGGCGGCAACGGCAACGGCAACAACAACAACGGCGGUGCAAACCAAGGCAUGAUGAACGCGCAGCCCCGCCCAGCCUACACAGCACAGGAGCAAAUGGCCUUCGAGCAGCAGAAAUACGAGCAACAGCAAGCGCGCCGCAUGCAGCAAUCAGCCGGCUACGGCGGCCAAGGCGGCCCCACAAGCUGGGAAGGCAUGUACGAGGACAUCCCGCAGCCGUCCAUCCCCUCCGGCCCCGGCGGUCGCGGCGGCUUCGCAAAACAACACAACAACAACCGCGCGCGCUCUGGCUCCUCGCAGCCCCCCGCUGGCCCUAGCAAUGCCCCCAUCAACGCGCCCACCGGCCCCAAGAACGCGGGCAAGCCAGGCGCUAACUACCGCGGCGGCGGCAGGACGAAUAACUACAGACACAACCCGUAUGGCGGUCGUGGCGGUUAGGUGGCGCAGCGCCGUUGUAGUCGUCGUGUGUGAUCCUUUUUCUUGCGCAUGCGGAUGUUGAUAUACGGGGUUGGGGUUGCGGGUUGUGGGGCUUUUCUUACUUGACAUCUCCCCUUUUUUUUGCUACCUGGCCUUGCUCCCUUUUCUCACGCCCCCCAAACGUACGGCGGUUUUUUGCCUUGAAAAAAAGAAUGCAAUGCUAUGCAAUGCAAUGGCAUGCAAUGGAAUGGUAUGGAAUGGAUGGUUUCACUGGGGGCUUUUUCUCCGCUUCUGGGUCGCUUUUGGUCUGGGCUGGUUUGGUCUGGUCUGGUCUGGUCUGGUGUGGUCUGCGCUGUACAGUAGGUAGUUCGUAAUUGGGGUUGGUAAUGGCAUGUCUUUUUCCCCAAGUCAGGUCAAGUCCAUGCGGUGCGAGCCAGAAAGUGGUUGCAGAAGAUUUUCAUGGCGUGAGAUAUGUGGGUUGAUGAUGUGUGAGUGAUCUGUUCGGGG